AUGAUUGUAGAUUCGCAAUGCUUGUUUACCUUAGCAGUAAAGUACAUUACUCGUCGUUUCAUCGGAGAAUAUGAUCCUAAUCUUGAAGACACGUACUGUCGAAAGGAUGUUGUGCUUUCUCAGCCCAUGAUGGUAUGGUUAAUGGAUACAGUGGAUGGUUCAGGCCGAGAUGUAAUGCGUUAUCUUUCAUGGGCUGAUGUCUAUAUUAUUGUUAGUUUUUUCCUUACCAGUGAAUGA